UUUGUAGAAUUAAAAUUAUUAUUUUAAUUUUCAUGAAAAGGAACGAGAUCAGAAACUGUGUUCAAAAAACUAUACCAGUAGGCGAGUAGUUCUCAAAUACUUUUUGAGGUUUAUGUGACAUUCUCCUGAAUUUGAAACAUCUCUAAAUGAAAAAAAGCACAACAACUUAUAAUGAUGGGGAGGGGAGAACUGGUAUUGUCUCUGAGGCUACGAGGAGAAAGACCCUGAUUCUGUGAUAGCCCUGAAGGCUUUAUGAUGUGAGAUGCAUACACUCUAACAUGUAGCUUUGAUUUUAAUUAAAUAUAAAAGCAAAUUAAUGCUACUCAAUAGCUUUCUUUACCAACUGUCAGCUCUCUAAGAUCUUGAAUGGCUGUGCACCAGCUUUCAUCAGCAGGAAUAUGGCACACUGAUACUGCUUACAUCCAGCACCCAGGGACCAAAUCCUCGACACAUGUAUCCUUAUAAAAAUGCCAGAGUAACUGACAGAAAAUAGCGUAAACAUUUCAUUAAGAUUGUUUGGAGACAUUAUGACAAGUAUUUUCCUGUUUCCUUCAGCACUUAAACAUUAACAGUCUGAGAUUCUUUUAAUAACAACAAUAGUGAAAUGUGUGCCUUGAUAAUAUGAAUGUAUACUUUGAAAGAAAAAUUAAAGGACCACCUUUUCAAGGCAAUGAAGAUAAAAAGUUUGAAUUUUGUCGAUUAGCAAGUUUCAAAGAAUGGCCGACAGAGAGUCCUGUAUUUGCCAUAAGGCUUUCGAAAGCAGGAUUUUACCACACCGGGUUGCAGGAUGAGGUGACAUGUUAUCUGUGUGGGAUCAAACGCUCUGAAUGGCAGGAGAGCGAUAACCCUGUGGAUAUACACAGGACUCUGAGCCCUGACUGUGCCUUCUUUGAGGAAAGUGAUGAACAAAAUGUUCCUUUUGGCAUAGAGAGUGCGAAUGGGGAAUCAGAAUACAUCCAACGGCUAAAUAGUGUUAUUGAAGAUUGUACAGAUGCAAUAGAUGAUGAGAAUGUUAAUGAAAGGUUAGAUGAAAAUACAGCAGUAAGUAUUGAUGCUGAAGUGUUACGUGAUGAAACAGAUCUUGAAACACACAGUUUACCGACAAGAUUAGGUUCUGAUGUAAAGGUUGGUGCAAGUAAUGAAAACAGAACUUUACCCAACAGUGUUAGUGACAAUGCUAUUGUUUUGAGAACUGUUGCUGGUUCAGAAAAUGUUCUAAGAAGCGGUUCAAGUGGACAUAUAAGUGAUGGAAGACCAAGCGCCCAUACUACCAAUGUCGCAGAUUGUGUCUCUGAACCAGCUUCACAAAGGUCAAAGAAGGAGAAACAUAGCAAGAAGACAAGCAAAAAAGACAAGAAGGAAUCAAGACUUUCACCAGGAAGGCAAACUGGGUCUGGUUCACUCUCAUUGCCAGGAGUAAGCGCUAGAAGGGGCCAGGACAUUCCACCUCCUACAGGUGCCAGUAUUGGUCCUCUAAGGUUUGAAAGGAACAGACUAGAGACUUUCCGCACAUGGCCCAGCAAUGCCUUUGUAUCUGCCUCUGACCUGGCAAAGCAUGGCUUCUAUUACACUGGGACUGCUGACAGGGCACAGUGUGUUUUCUGUAAAGGGAUUCUACGGAACUGGGAAGAAGGUGACAGGCCUCAUAUAGAGCACAGGAAACAUUUUCCCCGAUGUCCUCUUGUCCUUGGACUGAAGGUUGGUAAUGUGCCUCUACCUCUGGACCUCAGCUCUCCGCCUGGUGGCUCUCUCACAAACAGAAGUAUGAAUAAUGUUACAGAUGCGUUGAGCAGACUGAAAAACCAGGGAGAGAGUCUGGGUAUUGUCACAGACCGGCCAAAGCACCCGCAGUAUGCCAUUGAGGCCCAGCGUCUUGCCUCCUUCCAGAGCUGGCUCCCAUACAAACACCAGACACCACAGCAGCUGGCUGAGGCAGGCUUCUGGUAUGCAGGUUUCAAUGACAAUGUGAAGUGCUUUUUCUGUGAUGGCGGACUGCGUAACUGGGACCCAAAAGACGAUCCAUGGAGGGAGCAUGCCCGCUGGUUCCCGCGCUGCCCCUUCGUCAUUCAGGUCAAAGGUCAGGAGUUUGUGGCCCGGGUUGUCCAGGAAAAUGGUGGCGAGUGGGAACCACCUGCAAAUCAACAGAUGGACAAUGAAGGUGCUGAUGGAACCGAGCAUAUUGGAGGUGCGUACCAGAUUGAGGAACGUGAAGUGAGGGCACGGAUGGACAGCCCAUAUGUACGCAAGAUAGAGGGACUUGUCAGUCGAGACAUCAUCAUGACCACCAUCAGGAAACGGCUCAUGGAAACUGGUGAUGACUUUCCAUCAGGAACAGCUUUGCUAGAGGCAGCUUUUGCGAUGGAGGCAGAGCAGGCUAGCCAGUCACAGAAUCCACUGUCUUCCAAUAAUGUUAAAACCACUAUGAACUCCCAGAAUCCUUCUUACUCCCAGCAUGCAACAGGCUCCCAGAAUGCACCAGCUGAAGUGACAGGUUCCCAGUCCAAAGGUGAAUUGCAACCUCCAGCUUCAAGUGGAGCUGAUGUCAGCUCUUCGGACAUGCCUUCAACCAUACCCCAAGCACAAGAGGCUGCCGAUAGUCAUGGUGACCUUGCCAAAGAGAACCAGGAGCUGAAGGAGCAGCGUCUGUGUAAGAUCUGCAUGGUUUCUGAUGCCAAUGUCGUGUUCCUGCCCUGUGGCCACCUUGUGUCUUGUGCUGCCUGUGCCCCAGCUCUGCAACUGUGUCCUAUCUGCAGGGCAACAAUACGAGGAACUGUCCGCACUUACAUUGCAUAGUGUCUUGAGCCUGUGGCCCAGCUCUGCAACUGUGUCUUCUCUGCAAGCAACAAUACGAGGAACCGUCCGCACUUACGUUGCAUAGUGUCUUCAGCCUGUGACCCAGCUUUGCAACUGUGUCAUAUAUUCAGGACUUUGAUAUGAGGAGCUGUCAACACUAACAUUGAAUAGUGUCUUGACCUGCCUAUUGUAGCCCAGCUCUUCAACACUGUCAUAUUUGCAGGGCCACUAUGUUGGGUAUGGUUUGCCAUGUGGCAGGGUGUUAUCUAUACUCAUAAAAGUGUUUCUGUCCAUGUGCUAAAACCAUUUCAUUUUGUCUCUUUGUAUAUAUAUAUUUUACUUAAUAGUGCUCCAUUCUGUUGUUUAUGUAUUUUGUUUAUUUGUCUGUUUCAUUACUGAAUGUGACAUUUUUAAUUCAAAAUCAUUUGACUGCUAUUUUUAGUAAAGUUUUACCAAAUUAUGCAUUGCAAGUUUUUUUUGCAUUAACAUUAAUUGCAUUUAGGUUGUAACAUGUACAUGUAUUGUUAAUGUUUCUUUUAUAAGAUAUUACGCAAUACUAUUUUAAAAUUUAUGGCACAAGGGGUGUUGAUUUGCUUUUUUUCUGUGAUAAGCCUUUUGCUUCUAUAUGAUUAGUUUAUACUUAUAAUUUUACAACGAUUGUGAAACAAGUUAUUUCAACUUAAAUUAAUCACUCUCAUUGUCACAAUAUUACAUGAGAGUGUGGUCUUGUGUUGUGGGGGAACCGAAGUACCCGGAGAAAACCCACUUGUCUGGCUUGUAUGAUUAGUUUUAGGUAAAGGUGUUAUGAUAUUAUUACAUUUUUAUUUUGUAUAAAUUGCUUAAAAGGCAGAAUUGUAUAAAAUAUGGAAUUAAUUAUGCUCCUAAUUCAUACAUUUGUUAGAGUUAUAUUUGUACAUGUAUGUUUUUUGCUUUGAUGUUCAAUAUCACUUUGUUCAGAUUGAUAGUCAUUAUUCUGUGUUUUACCUUUUUAAGUUCUUGCCCAUUAAACUCUAUAGUUUAUUGACAAUUUUUGGAAUGAUUUUAGAUAUUAGAACUAUUUGCAUGACUUUUAUACCAUGUUUAUGGUGGAUCAUGUUGGUGAUUUAGUUUUCAAUGUAUUAUGCACACCCUGAUAUUGCUUGUCUUUAAUGGUGCAGUGCAUCAGGUGAAUAGUUUAUUUAUAAAUUAAUGAGUAUGUCUCCCCUUCUACAGAAGAAAGACUCAUUGUUUUAGGCAUUGUUGUCUGUCCAUCUGUAUGUCUGUAACAAUUCCUUGUCACACAAAUCUCCAGAAGUAUGUCUGAUGAAAGGUUUACAAGAAUAUUUUUCAGCAUGUGAAGUUAUGCACCUGUGGCUCUGUCUGUGGUGAAGCCCAGUAAAGUUAUGGGCUUUAAGUGAGGCUAAACUACCACGGUAUUAUUAAGGGCCUCAGGAAUGAAGUUUGUGUUGUGCAUAUAUUGAUGAAAUUAUUUCAGUUAUUUAUGCUUAGGGCUAUUCCAUUUAAACAUAUAACACCCGGGGGGAAAGCACUUAUAAAUUAUGCCACCCCCCUACAGAAGCAAAUUUAUCCUUGUGGGUUCAAAUUAGCAUAAAAAAACCCACCAAUAUACUAUUUAGAUAAUUGCCUUUCCCCCGGGUUGAUGUUUUACUGGAAUUGGAUAUGCAGUUUCAGUAGCAGCAUACAUUUAAGGACUUAAGCUUCAUGGUAUUCUGUGUGUACAGUAGUCCUGCCAACAAAGGGAUACUAUGGGGGAUAUACUUUAUAUGCUUAGUUUCUUUUCUUCGUGAACCUGACUGUGGUGCAGUUCACUCUAUUUGUAUUGAACAAACUAUACCAGCAAUUUUCAAUAAUAAAAUCUGUAUUGAUUCUAUAUGUGAAGUAAUGAAACAUAGAAUGUAAUGCACAUCUUUUAUUUGUGGACCAGGCUGUUGUAUUUAUUUUUUUUAAUGUAAUUACCUCAUUUCAAAGUGUUCAUAGAAAGUUACUUUUAAUUUUGUUAAAAAACGAAGAUGAGGCAUUAGAUUUGCGAAUGAUGGAAGAUUGCAUUGUGACCCUAUGUUAUUUGUUAGUUUAUGUAUGUAUAAUUUUGUGAUUUGGUGUUAUAAUAUGGAUCACGCAUUGUGACCUUAUGUUAUUUGUUAGUUUAUGUAUGUAUAAUUUUGUGAUUUGGUGUUAUAAUAUGGAUCACGCAUUGUGACCCUAUGUUAUUUGUUAGUUUAUGUAUGUAUAAUUUUGUGAUUUGGUGUUAUAAUAUGGAUCACGCAUUGUGACCCUAUGUUAUUUGUUAGUUUAUGUAUGUAUAAUUUUGUGAUUUGGUGUUAUAAUAUUGAUCAUGAUUUCUGUAGGUAGAUUGCUACACUCACCAGUGCAAUACCCUGAUUUGCAUAGAAUCUCUUGUAGUUUGAUAUUUUGUCUUUAUGUCUAAAACAGUGUACAGUAAAGAUAGAGUUGUUGCUGAUAGUUUACUAGUCAUAUACCAAAAACAGGCCUGUGCCUAAAUUCCGGCCACCCCGUCUAGAGGGCUGAAGCCAAUAUUUACCAACAGAGAGAGUAUGUCAAAACAUGUUUAUAUAUCCUCCAACACCCUUGUUGUAUGAUGUUAUUUAACAUUGAUAACACUUUGUUAACAUGAUGCUAUAAAAAUACAUCACAAGGGGAAAGGUGAUAGCAGGCCCAUGCAGAAUUUGUGGAUACAGUUUUGAUAAAAAUUUGCAGUAUUGUGUUAGAAUCAUGUUUAUAUACCGGUAGUAUUUUAUUUGUAAUGAUAACAUUGUUUUUGUUGUUUUUAUUUAAAUGGUUGGAAAUUGGUCCAUAUUUAUAAUUUAGUUACACUGAAACAGAAAAUCAUUGACUUAUCUGGCGACUCAUAUUAUACAAAAUUUCAAUUUUUAGGUACAAUUUUGUUUUCAUCUUGGUACGCAGACUGGUUGGUAAACAUUGAGGUAAAAAGAUAGUAUAUGUCAAAUUUUCAAGAAGUCCUUUUAAAAUAAAGAAAUAAAGUGAACAAAAUACACUAAAAAUGGCUGGAUUUAGGAACUCGACCAUGCAGUUUUAUGCUAAUAAGCCCAUGUACCCAUUUGAAAUUGGUUUAUUGUAAUCUGUUUUCCAUAUAACCAAUAAAACAAUCA